AUUAGGUGACGGUCUACGAUGAGGACCUAGUGUGUGCGUGUGUGUGUCUUGUGUUUUUUUCGUGCUUCUUGGCCGUUCUGGACCAGGUUUUGUGGACUGUAAGGCACAAACCGUGAGACGGCCAACCCCUGAGCGGCGUCUCGAGCCAAACCGCGUGCGGAUAUAUAGCGGUUGGCCCAUUUUGAGUAGACACGCCAAAGGCAACAACAACGAACAACGCCAGCCACAAUAGCAGACUCACUCUUACCACUACAGUAAUCUACAGCGACUGCAACUGCCCCUUUCUACUGCAUCUACUAGUGCUACUAAUAACUACUUCUACAUUAUUACUGCUAUUAAUUAUUAUUACUGCAAACUAGGGACUAGGGGCAGCGGUUGUAACAGCAACAGCAGCAGCAGCAGCAGCACCAGCAGCAGCAGUAGUAGCAGUACGGAUCGUCCACCGCCAUCGAGCACUGCCUGGCUGUCUCCGGACGUCCAGUUGUCUCGUCGGCGACGGGCCGCUCGACUGGUUUAACCGUUUCGUUGGUUUUACCUAUCGUGGCUGGUGCAGUUAGUGCGUCGUGGCGGUCCUGAAGGCCUGGUUGGGUGGCUGCCCAGUGGAAUUUUCGCCCACCACUAAUCAUCAACGGCGGCUCCCUGAUUACUUGGGCUCCCAAAUCCCAAGUGUUUUGUCGGUGUUUCAUAGAGAGCGACGAGAGAAGAACAAAAAGGACGAGUCGUCGUCAAUUUUGCCUGCCGCCAUCCAGUUGCGUUCGUUCGAGUAUGUGCAUGUGUACAGCCGUAUGACCGGUGCACAGUGGAAGCAGUUCACCGUACGCACAGGUCGGAAGAACGACUAGCAACAUAGCGCUGCUGGCGACAUAAAAAGAUACAGCAGAAAAAGAGACGAAGGACGAAAAAAGUUGUCGCUGCAAGACACCGCACAGGCGACAUUCACAAAGUAACAUUGUAAUAACAGUAUCAUUACUCCGUACAGCAGUUGAAUCCUAUUCAAACUCAGCGUGUACAACGGAACGCAGCUUUCAGUCAGCUACAACCACGACGGAAAUAGUUUACUGAUAGUGAGUUCUGGGCAGAACGAAAGCAGGCAUAAAAACGAGAAAAAAGCACGAGCAAAAAUUCAUAGAGCAAUCGUGUGGUGUCGUGUGUGCAUGCGUAUAUAUAUACACACACACAUAUAUAUAUACGUUUCUGUGGGCAGAUCUCCUCGUCUCCUACACGUCUAAGGCAGAAUCGGCUACAGUCACCAUUUGCAGCAGUUUCGACGACAAAUUUGUUGUGGUGGUCCCUGUGCAGCUGCUGCUGCUGGUUGGCAGAAACGCACUGUUUAACGCACAGAAGUGGACGCCGAAGCGACAACACUGACAAGAACAACAAUAACGAGAAGGUAACAGCAGUACUAAGCAGUGCGUGCUUAAGGAGACAGCAGCAGUGGAAGCAGCUGAAGAAAAAAUCGACGCCGGACGAAGAAGAGAAGCAGCAGCGGGCCCCUGGACUCUAAUUGAACCUCAGCCAUCAACCUGAUGUCCACAGCUGGCGCGGGGGGACAUGCAGCAGUGCACAGCAGCAGCAGCAGCGGUAGCAGUGGAGGCAACCAAAACAAUAGCGGCAGUGCAGUUAAUAACGGGACCGGGAGCAGUGCGAGCGGCGGUGCAAGUGCCGUUGAGCAGAGGAAACACCAGAAUCAGCAGCAGCAGCAGACGACAGCGACGAGCGCGAACGCGCAAACAACGACAAAUCACAACAAUAGUAACAGCAACAACAAUAACAACAAGCAGACGACGAACCACAACAACAACGGCAGCAACAACAACAGUAAUAACAACAAUAAUGGACCCUCACAACCACAACUGAGCAAUGGGAUCGGACACCAUCAUCAUCACCACCAUCAUGGGGGGUCAUCAUCACAACAACAUCCUCAACAGCAACAGCAUCACCACCACCAGCGGCAACAACAACACCAUCAUAUGGGAGGUUACGGUAAUGGUCACGGUGGCGGAAUCCAACAUCAUGGCGGCCCUCACGAUUCCAUGGAGCAUCUUGGCAAUGGGCCACCACACUCGAGGCUGAUGUCGACUGGGGGUGGCUCACAUUCUGCUCAUGGCGGACACGGGGGCGGACAUGGAGCCCCGCCGAAAAUCGACAUGAGCGCUGCACAGCAACAGCAGCAGGUGCAGCAAGUACAGGCACAAGCGGCAGCAGCCGCGCAACAGCAACAGCAUCCACAGCAGCACAUGAUGGAGGCGUGGUCCAGGAUGGCCGCCGCCGCCCCCCAGAUACCCCCAUCAGCGCACGGCGCCCACGGCCGUCAUACUGCGGCGGCUGCAGCUGCGGCAGCAGCAGCUGUCGGUGGUGGUGGCGGUGUGUUUGCACCGAAUCCGGCUCACUCGCAUCCGUCACAGCAUCCUGCGCCGCUGUCGCCAUUGUCGCCACUGGACCAACAGGGGCAACAGUUUAUGAAUCCUGCGGCCGCCGCUGCGGCCGCGGCAGCUGCUGCCUACUACCAUCCUUCGGUAUCACCGUACGGUACACCAUACGGCAGUGGUGAUGCGUUGGCAGGCGGAGCCGGCGGUUGGGGUGGCGGCGCGGGGGGUGGUGACGUAGCGCCACCUUUUUACGGUUAUACUCAUCCACCAUCAGCAGCGGAGUACCACCACGGAGGGCACCAUGCGACUGCCGCCCACCUGGCGCCUCAUCACCCUGGUCAUCCGACAUCACAGCUUGGUUCGCUUCCUACCAUCACCUCAAUCGGAUCGAUGGGAUCACUUGUGGCUCAUCAGGCAGCAUCACUGACAGGGGUAGCGUCUGAUCCCGCAGUCGCAGGAGUGGCUGCCGCAGGGCUCUUUGGCCCUGUCAGCAAUGGGGCCUAUCCACAGCACGCCCAUGCAGCGUAUGGCCCCCCAGGAGGCUUUGGUUACCCAUUUGCAGCUGCUGGAGCUCACUCGCCUGCACCGGGUAUGCAGGAAUAUGUGUGGAAUGCUGGGGGACACGAAAUGAUGGCACCUGACAGUCGAACAACACCACACCAUGGAACUCCGACCACGGCACAACAACAACAGCAGCAUGCGAAAGCGGCCUACGGCGACUAUUACAGAUAUGACUUAAUGGCGCCAGCAGCAGCCAUGGCCAUGAAUGGUGUCGCCGGUGCGGGCGAUAAGGCCGCAGCCAUGGGUGGCCUAAAGGGCCUUGAAUGUCAGCUUGCCGGUUUGUCGAUCGCGGCUCCAGCGUCAUCGACGAUGGCAACAACUACGGCAUCAGCAACUACCGCUGGUUUGCCGCUCACCUCGAAGGAAGCUGGAACGGCCGUUGGUGUAGCCGAAGUAAUGGCUUCCUCGGGUUCUAGUGCAGUAGCGCAGACGACAACAACAAUGGGAACGGGCCAGUUGGCGGCCGCCCUUGGGGAUCAUGAGGGCGGUGGUAUUAGUGUGAAGGACCCAGUCGACAGCAACGUUAGCGGUACCAGUAACAACAGCAGCAGCACAAACCCCCACCCACAGGUGGCAACCGGCCAGCCCGCUGCCCACGAAGUCUCGGAUGACCACAGCAACGCAGAGGCUGUGGUUGCAAAAGGAAAACGUGACGAGCAGCAGCAGCAGCAGCAGCAGCAACAAAACGACGAACACAAUCGAAACAAUGCGAAUAGCGGGGGCGGCAGCAGUUGUGGUGCAACGGCAGCUCAUGGAAAUAUUGCCAAUGGAAACACAGUUGAUCCCAACAAUUGUGUCGAUGAAACUGCCCCAGCCGACGCCGUUAGAAGUGACGCACUCAUACAGCAACAAAAUAACGGAGCACAAUCAACGCACGACUCUACGCUGAAAGCAAACGAAGGAGGCGGUCUGGGCCCGGGCGAAGGUGAUGGUUUAAGGAGAGAUAUUGGAACUGAUGACAGCCAAGGGGAAGGACACGCUGAUGAUGGAGGCCGCGUGUCAUGGGCGAAUAUGGACUCGCAGCCUCCGUUGAAGCUGGGCCCAGGUCAUCAAACAAGCUCUGCUCAAGUAAGCAGCGUGCCGGAUGAGAACAGGGAAAUAUCUAUCACCGUAACGCGAAGCUCUGCCUCAGACAAAGAAGCAUCACCGGAGGCCGAUGAUGACGCAGGUACAACAUUGAGCCAAACCGCGACGGCGUCACUCAGUAUCUCAACGUGGGACUGGAGUGCAGAGACCACCACGAAGGACUGGAGCGCCUCACCGCCACCUCAAGACCUUGAAGUCGUUGAUGAUCCAGUUGACAGAAAUUCUCCCGUCGUGUGCAAUAGGCCGGUCAUCGCCGAAAGGCGAACUGGAAUCCGACCCAACAUCACUGAUGGGGACCGAGAGAAUAUCAGAGAUAGCAGGGAAGACAUGGAACACACGACAGAAACGUCAGUGGAGACCUACCCUCUGCUUGAAGAGCUUAUUCGUAAGAACAACUACAAUCCGUCGUACUUCGACUUCCGAUCCGAGGGUGCCCGCUUCUUCGUGAUUAAGAGCUACUCUGAAGACGACGUGCAUCGCAGCAUUAAAUAUUCGAUCUGGUGUUCGACAGAACGCGGUAAUAAGAAGUUAGACAUUGCUUAUCGAGAGCAACAAAGCCGAAACGGAAACAGGCCUAUUUAUCUCUUCUAUUCUGUCAAUGGAUCAGGGCAUUUUUGCGGAAUGGCUCAGAUGACUUCAACAGUUGACUACAAUACGUCGACGGGCGUUUGGGCGCAAGACAAGUGGAAAGGAAAAUUUAACGUAAAAUGGAUCUUUGUAAAAGAUAUCCCAAACCAUGAAUUUCGGCACAUUGUGCUUGAGAACAAUGACGGUAAACCAGUAACGAAUUCGCGGGACACUCAGGAGGUUCCAGAGGCAAAGGGACGACUUAUGCUCAAGAUCCUUACUAACUUCAGACACAAAACAUCACUUUUUGAUGACUUCAUGCACUACGAAACGAAGCAGCAGAAAAUCGAGGAUGAACGGAGGCAAAACAACAGCCAUCACAGUUCACAGGGCCGAGACCGAUCGGGAACCGGUGGAGGGAGUAGUCGAGGAGUGUUCCGCGAUCGCGAACGAGUGCCGCCGACAAUGCACCACGACGACUAUAGAGACCACAACGGUCACCACAAUCACCGGGAUCAUACGAACCCUAACAACCGCGACUUCGGCGGCCGAGACGGAGGCAGUAGCGCGUAUCAUCGAGACUAUCGGGACAGUCGGGAUAAUCGGGAUGGCCGUGGCGGCGGGGGCCAUCGUGGAGCGUUCGGUUUCAACACCUCGCGCGAUUCGACUAACAGGGAUAGGGACGUUAGAGGCGAUAGCCGAGGUGACAUGCGAGAUAACCGGGGAGGAGGUUUCGGUAGCAGCAACAACAGCCGAGAUAGCAGGGACGGUCGAGAAAAUCGAGAUAACCGGGACAACAAUCGGGACUCGUUUAGCAACUUCCGACGGAGGGACAACCGAGAUCGGGACCGAGACCGAGAUCGGGAUCGCGAUCGAGCGGAACGGGACAGGCCAGACCGGGGCGAUCGGAUGGACCGAGACCGUAUCGAUCGGGAUCAUCAUUACCAUCAUCAUGGUAAUCGCGAUCAACAAAGAGAACACAGUCGGUCAGGCUUCCCAUUUGGCGGAGGUGGGGCCAAUUCGGGGCGACAGUUCUGAACAGCUAGAGAUACGAUGAUGGUUAUAAUCGGUUAUGACCAAAAUUUAACAAGUCACAAACAAGCUGAUUCUCUAUAUAAGACGAAACUGAAAGAAGAUGGCGUUAAUCCGCUUGUAUCUGCUGCUGGGUGACAAACGGGUUACAAAAACGCGUUUAUUUCGAGUGUGUUCUUUUUACGUUCAAUAACAACUACUUCUUGUGCGCAUGCGCUUGUAUAGAUGUGUGUGUAGCCACAAUGAUUUGACGUGUUAAUGCGUACUGUAUACCGGCAUAAAUGGCAUGAAUGGCUAUAGAUGCGUGCGUCCUAACGCCGUAAGGAUUUACGAUUAACGGCCAGUAGAGUCUCUCUCAGCGGCCGUUACCGUGACAACGUCGUUGCGCGUUCUACCUCGUCAACAUCGAGACGAACCUCGCACGGCGUGGUUUGUUUGAUGUUCACCAACUCUCAGGCACACACUUUGAAACACAUUCGAAUGGAGACACCUAUGCUUGUUGUAGCAAAACUAGAUCCUACGUUACUCUAUCCCAGGCCUCGAUCGAUGCUUGACGAGCAUCUUGACAAGCUCGGCGAACCGUUCUUGAUGAUAGAGAUGCUCCCGACGACUGUCUCUUGCUGUUGGUCGCUUUGAACGUAUGUGAUCGAAUUGAUGUUGUGUUCAACAAUGCAACACGAAACAAGCGCAGCAACUAACGCUUAACUGUGCUAGUAUAGGUGUCGGGAUAUAAGGCGUCGAGGGCCAGCUAAAAACGACAAAUUAGUAAAGGAUUCGAUAAAAAUAUUUUCUUCGUGGGGUGGGGUCCGCCACGCCCUUUGCUUGUCUCAUGUUCAAAGCUUACGCCGAUCUAGUACGGAUGCAGUCAACUCCGUCAAAGAUGUCUAAAUACGAUUUUGACAUGUCAUUCGGCUGUUUGACAGCGAUCGUCCCUUUUCAUCCAGUAAUCCUGUCUGGGGCGCGGGAGUUUGUAUGGACAGAAAUGCGCCAUUAGUUUAUCUAAUCCAUCAUAGAAUUGAGCGCCUUGGUUGAAAAGAAACGCGACGCCCAAACAAAAUAGGGAAAGAUUGAAACCAAUGCAACAAUUGCGUGCUUUUUCCUUUCUUUCUCCAUGAUGUCCUGCCGGAACAUGGGACAAUGCGUAUUCAUUAAGGUGCGUAUUCGAUAGCCAUUGCUGCGCGUCUUUCCAUCGGAUACUUUAGCUGUUUGCCCCCCGCCCCCCGCCCCCCAUCUCACCCGCAGAUGUUGGGUGGCCAUUGAACAAUUGGACGCACACAGAUAACACUGCACAUCCCGGCGAAACGGACCGAACAGCGGUAGACAACAAACGGCAGCACCGAAUGUCAUUACGAAUGCAGGCUAAUAAUAAUCACGACGACGACGACGACGACGACGCGUGAAUAUAACGACAAAACAUUACUAUCAGCUGCUCCGGGCGCUGUUAUUAUUAUAAUUCCUAAUUAUAAUAAUGAUGGUACAUAUUAGCUAUUAUAUAUACAUAGCUAUAUAUAACAAACAAUGCCGAUCUAUUAGUAAUAACAAUGCAAAUACAAACAAAUCUGAUAGCAGGACGUAGAAACAGUGUCGAAUCCAGGUACGUGCACGCGGAGACGAUGAGUUCGACGCGCUCGGACGUGCGUAUACACAUAUAUAUAUAUGUGUGUAAUAGUAGAUAUAUAAAUACAACAGCGGAUGGAUCAACAAAGGGCACGGCAAUGUGGGAGUUGUUUAAAAACGGAAAAAAACGAGGCGGUACUGGGAACAGUGAAAGCGAAACGCACGGAAGAGUAUGGGAUAAAUUCUAAAUGUAAGUAGAGACUUUUUAGCGAAAACAACACGAAAAGGCAACUGAUAGGAAGCUGAAACCACCUAUGAAACUGUAAACCUUCAGGCACGUCGGUCUCCCACAUAACCCAAUGUGGCACCUUACAUGUGGCCUUAAGCGCUGCGUGGCGAGGAAGUGUCACAAUCGCAAAUAAUUAUGGAUGAAUGGUGACCACGAAUCGUAGUUGAAUUCUGAGGUGACGAAAUGAAGGAAGGAAGCAGCAGCCAUUGUAAGCAGGCAUUAUGAUGAUUAUAAUUCAACAUUAGCUUAUUGUUGCAUGAACUCAGAGCCGGAAUGAAUCGAAUCCAUAUCUCAAACCGGUAUGGUCUAUUUGAGGAGGUAUGUGUUCUGGCGAAUUCGGGAAUUUUCAAAGCAGUCGAUUUUUUGUAUUGUUCAAUCUAGCCAUUCAAUGUGCGUUUUGUCUUUUUUGUUUUUUUUUUUUUGUACUUUUGCUGGGGAUCUCGAUUUUUAAGUUACCAACUAUUAGAAAAUGUAAUGAAAAAUACGAACGUUGCCUGGAUGAUACCUGUCUGUUGCUUCGUCUUUUGCCGUUCCACCUCCGCGGCGGUUCGAAUCGAUAGCUGAAAUUACUUGAGCGGCUCGUUCGUGUUGCUGAAGAGAACACUGUAGACCGGAGCGUUUUAUUAUAUUAUGACAUUACACGAAAAUACCAAUGAGAAAGGAUACUGGUGACACAUUGAACAUUAUGAUAAUUAUUAUCAGCACGCUAUAUAGAUAGACGAUAAUAAUGAUGGAAACAGGAAUGAGAAUAUGAUUAUCGCGAUGAAUAAUAACAACAAUGAUAUUAAUAUUAACAACAACCAUAUAUAUAUAUAUAUAUACAUAUAUAUAUAUACAUACAUAUAUAUAUAUACAUACAUAUAUAUAUAUAUAUAUAUAUAUAUACGCGAGAAAGAGGGAGUAAAAGAAGUUCUUUAGACCGGAAAUGAUGUAUGGGAAUACUGUGAGUAAGGAUUCUAAUACAGUUUUGGGAUAGGAUACAGAUGAUGUUAAGCACAAUUGUACGGCUUAGGCAGAAGAAUGAACGAAGUAAGCUGUUUGAAUUAAGUAAACCGUAACUGAUUGUCCUGACGGAGUUGAUUACCGCUAAAAAAAACAAUAGCCAGUGCGGAGAGAAUGGUGAUGACCGACACAUCGAGGAAGGUAUUGUGCUAGAUGUAAAAGCGAAAAAGGCGAAGAGGGUGAAGCUCGUAAGAGAUGAGAAAUACGUCGAAAAAAAAACCAAUUCUACUUGUGAACGAGGACAAUAGCGAGGGCGAACAACAACAACAACAAAAAAAUAGUGGACGAAAUGUGAUCAGGGCAAGGAUAUAAUGAUUCGUGGGGCGGACAGACAAAGAUGGCGGAAAGAACUUCAUUAUGGCAGUGUUGCAUCGACAAGUGCGAAGAACUGCGAAGAAGGUAGACGUUUGUUUGUUGCUAUUCUUUUAUUAUCUUUGUAUUACGAUGAUUAUUAUUAUAACGAAGGUAACAAAAACCACCGCUGGGCUUCGAAGGGUCAGGAAGCAGGAAAGCGUAUGGGUGGGCUGGUGGGCGUUUGCAAGACGAAGACGAAGCACGCUUGAAGUGAAGUGGAGGUUAACCGGAGCCGGCUCGCGACCUCGAUGACGUUCGAUCACUUGAUAAUGACAGUGGUGGUAAUGAUGAUAAUCGAUAAAUUCAUUAAUGGACUGAUUGACCGAUUUGUAUGACGGUUUGUCUGAUUGACUGAUUGAACGAUGGAUGGAUUGUUCAACCGAUAAUAACAAAGGAUACGAACUAAAGAACAGAUCAAAUCAACUAUAUAGACGUCACACACACAUAUACACACACACUAGAGCGCAUACAACCUUAAGCGAACACAUUUUGAGAAAUAUUUGACAUUAGUACAGGGAGAAAGUCGGUACGCGACGCGCGAGCAAAUGAAUUUAUGGAUAGAUAGAUAACAAUAAUAAUAAUAAUGAUGAUGAACUAAUAAAAACACGACAAUUUAAAAUGAUAAAAACGAGAAGACAUCUAGGACGGCUGUUGAUUCAUAAUACUGCGAUGAUGGAUAUUAUUUUACUAUAUUAGUAAGAUGAUGCUGAUGUAACACUGUUGUAUAACUUACCAUUCUAAAGGAAAGCAAAAAUGGGAAGAUCGUGAAGAUAGCGUACAGCUAAUAUAGAGUUAGUAAAGGACGGAAACGGCCUCAUACUGAAUAUGGAGAGAAAAAAACUAAUAAUCACUAAUAAUGUUCUAGCGCUUUGAUGCGGCAAUAACUGUCGUAUUAAAACGGUUAUGACAGAUAAACACGCAAGCGACAACUACAAUAGUAGUAAUAACAUAAAUAAUUAAUGAUAAUCUUCAUAAUGAUAACUACAUGGAGAACAAUAACUGUGUGUGAGAACGACAGAAAGGAAAACGAGACAGUUGAAAGCAAGAAAAUGAUUGCAGGUGGAAAAAUUUAUAGAUGGAAGCAUGAGGCAGAAAUGGACAUGGGAGUGCAUGAUAAGUCGCGCAGGUCACGCAGCUCGGCGAAGGUUCCGUUUAUUUUUGUGUUUUUAUAUAAAAAAAAAACUAAGAAAAGAAAAGAGCGAUAGCACAAAACAUUAUUACAAUGAAGCUAAAACAAAAAACAUGGGAAACACGAUGACAACAGACUAAUUAUACUAAGAGUACACUGCGUAGAACAUACAUGCGUUAGUGACGCAACAAUAUGCGAACCAAUAAGCAACAGCAACAGCAACAGCAACAGAUGGAGCAGGAAAAAAUGAGCAGCAAAAACGGUAAGUGAAAAUAAUGGGAAAACGUUUCGAAAUAAAGCUGGGUGGGGAUUAUCUAGAGAUGCCGCCAACCAUGGAAAAAGUCGCUCUCUUAGAAACACGGACGAUUACAAGGAACAGCUAGUACACCUUCAUGCAACAAUAAUAAAUCAAUUAUGAACAAUAAACAGACAACAACAUUAAGAACAGCAAUGACACACAAAUAUAUAUACACAGAUAUAGUGAAGGAGAACAAAGUGCACAGAGGGAGAGAAAGAUAAUUGAUCGAAGACUUAAGCGAACAAGGGAAAAACCAUUAUAAUAGAGGCACACAAAUAAACAUUCUAGUGGGGAUGAAAAAAUCAUAAAAACUCGAAGAAUGCUCGACGUUUAUUCGCUGAUGGCGGAAGAAAAAUAAUGACACCAGAUGGAGUUAAAUACAAUAAUGAAGCGACGACUGGCGGAUUAAGGAAGUGAA